AUGCUUGAAGCUCAAAGCCGUCAGAAGAGCUAUGUUGACCGAAUACGGAAGCCUUUAGAAUUUGAGGAAGGAGAACACGUCUUCCUGAAGGUUACUCCGACCACUGGAAUAGGGAGGUCCAUCAAAACCAAAAAGUUAAAUCCUCGUUACAUUGGGCCAUUUGAAAUCCUGAAGAGGAUUCGACCAGUGGUGUAUAGGAUCAUAUUACCACCACAUCUUUCGAACCUGCAUGACGUGUUCCACGUAUCGCAACUUCACAAAUACACUUUUGAUCCUAGUCAUGUCCUAGAACCGGAAUCAGUCCAAGUGAGAGAAGAUCUGACGCUUUCAGUAACUCCGAUUAGGAUUGAUGAUGCCAGCACCAAGCGUCUACGCAGAAAGGAAGUUUCUUUGGUGAAAGUAGCUUGA